GAGCAAAGUCCCACUCGAAGGUAUACCCAGAUCAAUGACCAGGUACCUAUCCUGGUCAAGUUUUUUUCUGGAGAUGAUUUAAGACCAGCCUUCAGGCUCUCCAGGAACAGCAUCAACAUGCUGGUCCAGAUGCUUCCCCGGCAAAAAGCCCAUGGAUGGAGCCAUGAAAUUGAAGUGCUGGUUACAGUUUAUUGGCUUGCCUGUGGAGCGUCCUACAGGGUAACUUCAGACACCUCCAGCAUGCCACUUGCAACGGUCUGCAGGACUGUUCAUAACGUUGUGGAGGAGAUGAUGACCAUCCUCCACAAAGUUAUUAAUUUUCCAAAACCAGAGGAGAUGGAGGAGGUGGGGGCCGACUUUGCUGGUCAUGAGGGCACCUGUGAUGCCAAGGGUACAUUUAAAGAUGUGUACACUGGCAAUCCAGGAUCUGUACAUGAUGCCCUUAUCCUACGCAGAUCACCAAUGUAUCAGCAUGCUCUGUAUCCACCAGCUGGAUACUUUCUGCUGGGAGAUGGUGGAUACCCAUGCCUGCAGCAUCCUAUUGCAAUCAUGACCCCAUACUGUCAGCCUGUCGCAAGCCAAGUGGAAGCCCGAUACAACAGGCAUCACGCACUAGCAAUAAACAUCAUCGAGUGCACCUUCGGGAUGUUAAAGACGUGCCAUUUUCUUGAGGGCCUUGGAGAUCAGGCCAAGACGCGCUGGCAUGCCAUUUUCUUGCGGGCCUUGGAGAUCAGGCCACUGUUUGCCCCAAAGGUGAUUGGUGCCUGUUGCAUCCUCCACAACAUUUGCGUGAUGGGAGGUGAUCUCCUGGAGGAGGAGGAAAGCCAUGGACAAGAUGGCAGCGAGGAUGACAUGGAGAAUGCACCAGUGGAUGAGAGGGACCUGUCAGGGAACCAUCUCCGAGGACGUCUUGCCGCUCAGCUUUCUUCUCCUGAGGAACUGCCUGCGUGUCUGAGUGAACAUGACUACAUCUAG